AUUCCUUUAACAUCUUUGCUGUGUUAAUUGUUUUUUUUAAUUUUAAUACAAUGCGUAAUUGCAUAUAAUGGCUGGAGUUAUAUUGUCUCCUGUAAUCAUGGGGGAAUUUGAGCUCAAAUAAUAAGGAUGAGAUUAUGGACUUUUUGCAGAGCAAUUUCAUCUCACCCAGCAAUGAAUGCCAGACCAGUCUCAGCUUUCAACUUCAAUCGCUUACUCCAGCUUUCCAGCUACUUCAAAGCAUUGCGCGCUGGAAAACAGACCCAUCUUCAGAUUGUUAUGCAUGGUUUUUCUGAGGAUUCCUUUGUUAUCACUAAAUUAAUCCAAAUGUACCUUGAUUGCGACGAUAUUAGUUCUGCACGCCACCUGUUCGGUGAAUUGCCACACCAGAAUGUGUUCGCCUGGACUGCUUUAAUUUCAUUCUUUUCCCGCAAUGGGCUGUUUUAUGAGUGUCUCAGUACGUAUCACGAGAUGAAACACAAGGGUGCUUUGCCCGAUGAGUAUGUGUUUCCGAGGGUGUUGAGGGCGUGUUCGUUGCAUUCCUGCUUGGAAUUUGGGGUUAAGGUUCACAAAGACGUGAUUGUGGGUGGUUAUGAGGGCAAUGUUCAUGUAGGUAAUUCUUUGGUUGAUAUGUACUCUAAAUGUGGGGACAUCAGGAGUGGUAGAUUAGUUUUUGAUUUGAUGAUGGAGAGGGAUUUGUUCUCUUGGAAUUUGAUUAUUUCUGGAUAUGUUUGCAACAAUUUGCUUGGUUUGGCAGUGGAGACGUUGAAUUUGAUGAGAAUGGAAGGUUUUGAGCCUGAUAUAGUGACUUAUAACACUUUAAUGGAUGCUUAUUGCCGCAUGGGUCUUUGUGAUGAAGCUCGGGAAAUAUUUAAACAGAUCAAGAACCCCAGUGUAGUCUCAUGGACAACUUUGGUAUCAGGUUAUUCCAGAAUAGGAAACCAUGAUGUGGCUCUUCAGAUUUUUAGGAAUAUGAUUAGUCAAGACAAUGUUUAUGCUGACGUAGAUUGUCUUUCAAGCGCCCUUUCUUCCUGCCAACACAUGGGGGCUUUAAGGAAUGGACAAGAAAUUCAUGCAUAUGGAAUUAAGGUGGGACCACUGUAUGAGUUUUAUCAAUCAGCUGGACCCGCCCUCUUAUCUGUGUACACCAAGUGUGGAAAGUUUGACUACGCGAGGCACAUAUUUGACGUGGUGGAUAAAUCCGAUGUUGUUGUGUGGAACGCAACGAUUCGUGGGUUUGCUCAACAAGGGGAAGGGGACUUGGCAGUGGAUUGUUUCAGAAGGAUGCAAAACAUGAGAGUUAAAAAUGACCCGACAACAAUAUCAACUCUCUUGCCUCUCUGUGACUUGAAAUAUGGAAAACAAAUUCAUGCCUAUGUUUACAGAGGAUGUUUUUGUGAUGCCGUGCCCGUUUGGAAUGCACUUAUUUACAUGUAUGCAAAAUGUGGAGGAAUUGAACUCGCAUACACUGUAUUUUCUCAUAUGGGUUAUAGAGACUUAGUAUCCUGGAAUACAAUGAUUGGGGGAUUCGGAAUGCACGGUUACGGAAAAUCUUCUUUAAAUCUCUUCCAUGAGAUGAAAUCUUCUGGCAUUUACCCCAAUUCAUUGACAUUCACUUCUGUGCUAUCAGCAUGUGGUCAUUCUGGUCUUCUUGAUGAAGGGCUAGAAGUUUUCCAGAAAAUGACACAAGAUUACAAACUAAGUCCUAGAAUGGAACACUACACUUGUAUGGUCGAUUUACUAACAAGGGCUGGUAGGCUUGACGAAGCUAUUGACUUUAUCAUGGAAAUGCCCAUAAAACCAGAGAAGCAAAUCUGGGGUUCUCUAUUGGCCGCUGCUUUAGCACACCAAGAAUUAGAGAUUGGAGUUUUAGCUUCGGAAAAUCUAGUCAAAUUGGAGCCUGAAAAUGCUGGACAUUAUGUGACUUUGUCGAAUUUGUAUACAAAAUCUGGAAGAUCAGAUGAUGCUUUUGCGCUGAGAAGACAAAUGGAAAACAUGGGACUGGUAAAGCAGUUUGGAUGGAGCUUGUUAUAGUCUUUUUGUCACGUGCUACAUUAUGCAAUAAUCCUUAAUUAUGAAAAGAAGACUCCUUUUGGAUUCAAGCAUGGGUGGCCGAACUCAUCGUCUAUCACAAGAGACCCAAGUAUUGGCAAUCUUUUAGCUUGUCACUCAUAUGCUAGCCACACUUGUACACAUUUCCACUGCAGGACAAAAUUCCAUGUAGACUCUGUGUACACUGCCUAAUGGGGAAGAGCAUAAGUACUUCAAAAUUUCUUUGACUUUCCUAUAAUUGUCCUCAUUCUUAGCUUGACCAAUUACACUUGUGGAAGGAUUGCCUUGAAUAAUCCUCUUGUCUUGCUCCAUCAUCAUCAUCCAUCUUAUCUCAUUGUCAAUCCAAAGGUCUCCUAGAGCCCUUGCCGGCAAAGACAAACAAGGGCUCUAAAGCACCCUGACACUCCUGAAGCAGCUCCUGUGCAAACCAGGGGCUCUCCUCCUGGAGCUUUGAAGCUUACCAGCGCCGGCGUAUUAGGGGCUCUCCUCCGUGCGGCGUGCGCUAUAAACUUUACCGGCUAUGACGAAGCAGCGGUAAUUUUUUAGGCAUUGGAAACAGUCUCUCUACUUUUAGUGCGGGUAACAUCUGCGUACACACACCCUCCCUAGACCCUGGGUUGUUGUUGUUGACAAAGGACGUUGUGCGGCAAUGGAGUCUUCUGCAGUUCCACGGCAGCCCUUUGAAGAUCCAAGCAACAAAUCUUUCCUGACACAGGUAUACCCUGCGGCGUUUAAACUUUGGAUUCACUCUUUUUAAUAUUCUUUGAGUAAAAUUACCAUUUUAUU